AUGUACGGCGGUGACCGUCUUGAACAACUUGUGCUUUCGGGCGAGCUCUUCGCUGGGCCUGCGUCGCGCACGGCAUCUCCCACGCGCUCAGCGAGUCCUGAUGCCGCCGAAGCCGAAUGGCCGCCAUCUGACGCCGAUGCUGACGGCUCUGAAUAUGAAUAUUCGACGACAGUCGGCAAAGGUCACGUUCCAGUCUCGCACGGCCACGGGGAGGACGAGGAGAAAGGGGAGAGCAUCGGGAUGGGACCUGGGCGCACCGGUGUCAAGGGCGUCAUCCGCGACCGCGCCGAGGCCGAGCGUCGGAAGCGGGACCGAGCGCGCGGGGAUGCCGCGGCAUUGGCGGCCCGGAUGGAGAAGGCCAGCUUGGGCGGCCUGACGUUCAAUGAAGAACAAGCGCUGGCGCAGAGGGAACGCGGCGCAGACAAGCGCUCGGGCCGUUUCGGGCAUUUGCGCGAAGUUGGCGAGCACGGCUUUCUGCACGCGAUCGAGGACGAACAGCGCGCGACAUGGGUUGUCAUACACAUUUAUGAACCCGGGCUCGACCGGUGCGAUGACCUCGAUGAUGUUCUCGUUCGACUUGCGCGUGCACACCCGGAUACCAAGUUCUUACGAGUGAGAGCCUCUGCGCUCGGCUUUGCGACUACGCCCAGGAAACACCGCUCGAAUGGGGCUUUCAGGAGACCAGCACGAGCGAUCAGGGAAGUCGAGGAGGAGGAUGAUCCAUAUGGCGUUCCCGAGGAUGAUGGUGCUGGUGCCGACGAAGAGGACGACGACGUCGAUGUGGACACCGACAUGCUCCCCACGAUGCACGUCUAUCGCGGAGGCGAUAUUGUUCACAACUGGGUCCGCGUCGACUGGGAGGCAGGACCUCAAGGGCUUGAGGACCUUCUCGCACGACACCGCAUCAUCGAGGGUGGCCGGGGAGCGGCUCUCGACGACGAGGCAAACGAGAUGACGUUCAGUGGAAUCCUCUAG